CCCGCGGGCGGGUUGGGGGCCCGGGGGCGGGGUCCGGGCGGGGCGGGCCAGCGCACUUCCUCGGAGGCUUAGGGCCGCGCGCCCACUCGCCCACACAGUCUGUCGUUGCUGGGUACCUCUCCGCGGCUCUCUCUGUCCGCUCGGCCCGGUCGGCAGGUAGGAGCCGCGGGGUGAUCGGCUCUCGGCCCCACCCACGCCCGCGCCCGCCCGGCUCCCGCGCCCGCUUCGAGGGCUUACUCAGCCUCACGACCAUGAGCGAGGCAUUUGACUGUGCAAAGUGCAGUGAAUCCUUGUACGGCCGCAAAUACAUCCAGACGGACAGCGGACCCUACUGCGUUCCCUGCUAUGAUAACACCUUUGCCAACACCUGUGCCGAGUGCCAGCAGCUCAUCGGGCACGACUCAAGGGAACUGUUCUACGAGGAUCGCCACUUCCACGAGGGCUGCUUCCGGUGCUGCCGCUGCCAGCGCUCCCUCGCUGAUGAGCCCUUCACCUGCCAGGACAGUGAGCUUCUCUGUAAUGACUGCUACUGCACAGCUUUCUCCUCACAGUGCUCGGCCUGUGGGGAGACUGUCAUGCCUGGGUCCCGGAAGCUGGAGUAUGGCGGCCAGACAUGGCAUGAGCAUUGCUUUCUGUGCAGCGGGUGUGAGCAGCCUCUAGGCUCCCGCUCCUUCGUGCCCGACAAGGGCGCCCACUACUGCGUGCCUUGCUAUGAGAACAAGUUUGCUCCUCGGUGUGCCCGCUGCAGCAAGACGCUGACCCAGGGUGGAGUGACAUAUCGAGAUCAACCCUGGCAUCGAGAAUGCCUGGUCUGUACUGGGUGCAAGACACCCCUUGCGGGACAGCAGUUCACAUCUCGGGAUGAUGAUCCCUACUGUGUGGCCUGUUUUGGAGAACUCUUUGCACCCAAGUGCAGCAGCUGCAAGCGCCCCAUCACAGGUGGGAGCAGUGGCGAGGCUGCAGGACUCGGUGGAGGCAAGUAUGUGUCCUUUGAAGACCGACAUUGGCACCACAGCUGCUUCUCCUGUGCCCGCUGCUCUACCUCCCUGGUGGGCCAAGGCUUCGUACCAGACGGAGAUCAAGUUCUGUGCCAGGGCUGCAGCCAAGCCGGGCCCUGAGCCAAGGCUCCUGACUCUCCCCUUACCCAAACCAAGGGUUCAAGACUAUGGCUCCUUUUCUGAACCACUUUUAGGAUCCAGCCCCUCCUUAAAAUGGGCCUCCACCUGCCCCUGUGCGGUGGGGGUGGGGGUGGGAGGGACUUCAGGAUUCAGUCUCCUAAUUCCAUCAUACCAACUGGUAGUCUCUAAUCCAGGCCCCCAAACCUGGGAUCUUGUGGAACACAUAUGACUUAAGCUCUCUCUCCAAGUCUGGACUCCAGAAAUGAGUCCUCCCCUUCUACUUUUUUUGGGGGGGUUCCCAGAUCUAGCUUCUUCCCCAGAUCAAGACUCUAAAUACACCAGUCCCCCCAAACCUGGACUCUGGAAUGUAGGCUUCCUUAAAUCUAGACUUCUCGGAUAGAUUUAUAGGUUUCCUGAGAAGUCCUCAAAGAUAGAUUGCACCCCAGUUUGACCUCAUCCCCAUCCCACCCCUAUCUCUGGGCUGAAUGAUCCCACCCCUAUCUCUGGGCUGAAUGAAAUUGUCUGGAUAGCAGAUUUGGAGCUCCCUGGUUAGAGGGUCAUAAGGUACAGGGUGCUGUCCAGCCUAUGAGUACCAUUUUAUUUCGGCUCCAUGUUGCCCACAGACAGGCAGGAGGGGCUGGCUCGCCCCACUUCCAGAUUCUGCAAUAAAACAGUGUGAGAGA